AAAAGAAUAAAUACUCCGGUAAUUUAUAUCUUCAGUAUCAUUGGCCCCGUUUCAUUUGUAUCACGGAAAUGAUGAUCUCUCCUCAUCAGAAAUUUAAACCUUUUCUUCUGUUUUUGAUCCCAACCUUUGUGUUAAAUUUCGGAUACUUCACUUCCCAGUCAUCCUGGCAUUAUCACCAAUGUUUAGAUAAAUUUAAUGGCGGCCAAACUUAUCAAGAAGACGUUCAACACCUGAUGGAUUCUUUAUCCUCCAAAUCUUCCCUCUCCUCCUUCUACAAUGUUUCUGUGAGUGAUUUGUAUGGCCUGUUUCUCUGCAGAGGUGAUGUUAGUAGAAGCAGUUGCCAAACCUGUGUCAAUGAAGCUAUCCAAUUUCUGCCAAAAAAUUGCUCUUCUUCUUAUCUAGGAGGAGUCAUCUGGUAUGAUAAAUGCCUGUUACGCUACUCGAAGAACGAUUUCUUCGGUAAUAUGAGUUUUGAGCCAACGUGCUAUAUGUAUAAUUCGGAUAACUACACUUCAGAAGAAGAGCGCAUUCAGAUGCUUAGUUGGCUAGAUGAUUCGAGUGAGAGAGCUCAGAACUCAAAAAUCCUAUUUGAUGCCCAUCAAAAUGCUUUGCGUGAUGAUACGUCGCAGCAUAGAUAUGUCCUAACGCAGUGCAGCAGAGAUCUCAAUAAUAGUUCAUGUUACUCUUGUUUGAAGGAAAUUACAAAUCAAAUCAGGGAAUAUGACGGGCGGUAUGCAGGGUGGCGUUUCUUUGCCCCAAGUUGCUUUGCAAGAUAUGAAAUAUAUCCUUUCCUUGAGCCUGUUCCUGCACCACCUCAGCCUGCUCCUGCACCACCUCAGCCUGCUCCUGCAGUACCAGGUCCCAUUCCUAAUGGAGUAGCAGGGAAUGAGAGAAAAAGCACAAAGAAGGUUGUGAUCAUCUCUGUAUCAUCAUUAGCAGCUGUCUUUGUAUUCAUUCUCGCUGGUUUCUUGUGUUUUUCAUCCUGCAGGAAGAAAGGACUGACAGGGGGAGGAACAAAUGAAGAGAUUCUGUUAAGAAAUUCUCAAGGCCCAAAUCAAAAGCACAUUGUGGAGGCAGCAGGUAUAAACGAAGCUGAUGAAGAACACAGUGGGGAGAUGCAUUACUUUAGUUUAGCUGAAAUACAGGCAGCAACAAACGAUUUCUCUGAUGCCAAUAAGCUGGGAGAAGGAGGUUUUGGUCCUGUUUACAAGGGAAUAAUGCAUAAUGGGAGAGAAGUAGCAGUCAAAAGGCUUUCAAUGACAUCGAAUCAAGGCGUUCAAGAGUUCGAGAAUGAAGUGAAGUUAAUCAUUAAACUUCAACACAAAAAUCUUGUGAGGCUUUUGGGAUACUGCCUAGAGAAAGAUGAAAAGCUUCUUGUCUAUGAGUACAUGGCCAACACUAGCUUGGAUGCUUUUCUAUUUGAUGCAACAAAAUGCAAGCUAUUAGAAUGGGAGACGAGAGCAAAUGUCAUUAAUGGGACUGCAAAGGGCAUGCAGUAUCUGCAUGAGGAUUCUCGGGUUAAAAUAAUCCAUAGGGAUUUGAAGGCAAGCAAUAUUCUCUUGGACAAUGAGAUGAAUCCCAAGAUAUCAGAUUUUGGCACUGCUAGAAUCUUUGGAGUUAGACAAAUGGAAGCCAACACUGAGAGAGUUAUCGGAACAUGUGGAUACAUGGCACCAGAAUAUGCACUAGAAGGACAGAUCUCUGUAAAAUCCGAUGUUUAUAGCUUUGGAAUCCUAAUGCUAGAAAUAAUAAGUGGUAAAAAGAACAAGGGAUUCUCCACCUCAGAUUGUGGGCAAAGCCUUCUAGCAUAUGCGUGGAUGCUAUGGAGUGAAGGUAAAGCAGUGGAAUUGAUAGAUCCAAACAUUGUCAACAACUGCCCCGAGCAGGAUGUUCUAAGAUGGAUUCAAAUUGCAUUACUCUGUGUCCAAGAUGACCCUACGCAUCGGCCUACAAUGUCAUCAGUUGUUAUCAUGCUUGGUAGCAAGUCAACAAACCUCCCCCAACCAUCAGCAGCCCCGUAUUCUGCAGCGAGAUUUCUUGCAUUGUCUGAUUAUUCUUCAAGCAGUGGAGGAAACAUGGGCUCUCAUAUAUCCGAUCAAUCUACAACCAACAGUACUACCUAGUUUCUUUUUUAAAAUAAAUGUAACUCUAAUUAACUAGUUAAUGUUGGAAUUGUUGUUAGAGUUGUGGCAUUGAAACCUGCAAAAGUGAUGAAAUAAAGCUACCGUGAAAUGGCAGCAAUGAAGCUGAAAAUUGACAGUUGAUCAAGAUGCAAUUUGACAGCAAGUUAGCCGCAUUGUUAUUUUCAUGUUGAUAACAGAAAAUAGAAAUAGCAAAUCAUGAAGAUGAUGCUGUGAAAUGCAAAUGCAAAUGAAGAUGAAGGCUUCAAGUUGGUGGCUGUCUUUUACUAGUUUUUGAUGUACUUGAUUGUUGCCUUUUGACGUCGAAAAGUUGCUCAGACAAAACAAAAAAACAUUAAGUAGAAUACACUUUAAAUUGUCUU